AUGAGCGUGCAGCGGGGACGCUAUGAGGCGCAGGCUGGGCACAUGAUCACGGGGAACCCGAGCAGUGUGCUUGCUGGGCGCGUGGUCCGAGCGUUCUUUGUGGACACUGCAUGUUCGACGUCGCUUGUUGCUGUGCAUCUUGGAUGCCAGUCGCUGCGCAGUGGCGAGAGCGAUGUUGUGCUUGCGGGCGGCGUGAACAUUGUGCUGCUGCCUGACGGCAACAUCCACUUGACGAAGACGCGAAUGCUGUCGAAGCAAGGGCAGUGCCGGGCGUUUGAUGCGAGCGCGGACGGGUAUGUGCGGUCUGAAGGGUGUGGCGUUGUUGUGCUGAAGCGGCUGGAGGACGCGGUGCGCGACUGCGACCCGAUCCGGGCCGUGAUCCGGGGCAGCGCGAUGAACCAGGACGGGCGGUCGUCUGGGCUGACUGCGCCGAAUGGCCCCGCGCAGACGGCAGUGAUUGAGGCUGCGCUGCGCAGUGCGGGCGUUGCGGCUGGGGAUGUUGAGAUGCUUGAGGCGCACGGGACGGGGACGCCGCUUGGGGAUCCGAUGGAGAUGCAGGCGGCGAUUGCGGCGCUGCGCAAGGGCGAGAGUGCGUGUGGGCGCGUGCUGCAUGUAGGGUCGAUCAAGUCGAACAUUGGGCAUGCGGAGGCGGCGGCUGGUGUUGCGGGCCUGAUCAAGGCGAUCCUGAGUGUUGAGCGUGGUGUGAUUCCGCGGCACGUGCACUUUGAGGAGCUGAAUCCUGCGAUUGGGGAGCUACCGCCGAGCGUGCGUGUUGCGACGGAGACGACGGAGUGGCAGAACCCUGAGGCUGAUGAUGGUGCACCUUUGCUUCUCGCUGAUGGCUCUGGAGCUCGUUUGCUUGGUCACCGCAUCGCUGGUGUAAGCUCGUUUGGCUUCAGCGGCACCAACUGCCACGUUGUGGUUCAGAAUACGCAUUUGCUCGACACCGAGUCCCUUGCUGCGCCACCGCCGAUUCCCCUCGUGUUCUGCUUUGGCAGCCCCUCAGCCGCACACACCUCUCAUCGCCUGCGCCAGUGCAUGGCCGGCCUCUCGUCGUCGGACAACGCUGUUGACUUGUUGGGCCUGUGGCUAUUUCUCGCUGACAACACCUCCGACUUUGCGCCUGAGGUCGUGAUUGUUGCUCGCACGCGCCAGGACUUCUUGACGGCUGCGUCGACCAUCCUCAGCUCGAGCGAUGAUGCGGAAACCAAGCUUGCCGUGCGCGUGAGCCACGAGGAUGAGCUGCUGCAGCAAGGCGUGUCACCCUUUGACGUGUUUGACGUCUCUGGCCUGGACGACUGGAAACGCGUGCUUCCCUGGAUUGAAACCACAGCGGACGCUGCGACGGUUGCAGAAUUGGCAUCCGCAUUGCCGCUCUCGGAGUUCCUUGGCCGCGUGCUCAUCCCACACCUGCAGUCUGAGGUGUCGGACGAGUCCUCCACAUCGCCGACGGCGCUGCACGACGUGAACCGUCGCGUGUUGGCACCGGUAGUGCAAGAGCUGCUGCAUCUUGGCGGCACGGGCGCGACCCUGGCUGACAUUCGCCGCACCUCCAGCUACAGCAAAUGGACGACGCAGUUCAUGUCCAAGCGAUACUGGCUCACGCCUGGUCCAGGCCUGACGCCAGAGUGUGCUGCGAUGGAUACGAUGCACACGCUGGAAUGGACGACCACGCCGCUUCCGCUUGAACCUCGCGUCACCGCCCGCCGGGAGCGCGCACCCAAGGGGGUGGUGCUGCUUGACCUGUUUGGUGCUGCCGACGAUGCCCUGCGAAGCGAGUUGCCCCAUCGCGUGGAUGUGCUUUGCAAGGACGGCACUGCGUGCUCUGUGAGCAAAUGCAGCCUGGCUAGCGCCAAGGGCAGCACAACAGCGACGUUGACGACGUCGUUCGAUCUGGCGCCGGCCGACGUGACGCCUCAGCGCGUGUUCGCCCUGCUUUCUCCUCGGUCCCUUGGCUGGACUGCGGUGCAAGCUGCGGUGGUGUGCGUGCCACAGCUUACCGCGACCGUCAGCAUGGCGGCGGUCGUGCAACAACUGUACCCGUGGCUGCUCAAGUGCAUCCAGGAGGGAGUGCGCCUGCGUGUGCUGGUGCCGGAGACGCUUGGCUCGUCAGCCAGCUCUGGCCGUGCUGUUCGCAAGUGGCAGGCGCUGACCGCGGCUGUUCGCACCGCCUGUCUUGAGCAGCAAACUGUGGAUCACGCUGUGGUGUUUGUUGGGGCUGGCGUUGCGCAGCGUGACCUGGCCAGCGUGCUUCUCGCUGUGGACGACCUGCCACCCGUGACGGGCUUGGUUGCCAGCACUUCCCCGAACAAGGGCAUGGAUGCGGUAUACUUGGAGCCGCGCGCUGUUCCCCUGUCCCAGAGCAGUGCCUUGACGCAGGGCAGGCUUGUGCCCUCGGCGCACGCGACUGCGCCAGGUGUCGCAACUGGUGACGUGGCUGAGGUCGUGCUUGUGACGGGUGGCUCUGGUGCACUGGCACAGGUGGCGCGGGACACGCUGGCGCAGCAGUGCUCGUUGUUGGUGCUGCUGACGCGUGCGGAGUGUGCUGCCGCACAACCGCUGCCACGCGGCUAUCUCCGUGGGCAUGUGGUGUCGAUGACGUGCGACAUCACGGACCCGCGCAGCGUCAGGCUCUUGCUUGUUCGCUUGGGCAGCCUGGUGAAGAAGACACAACCGCAGCGGCGGAUUCGGGUGACGAGCGUCGUCCACACGGCUGGGUGCACGCGCGAUGCCCCCAUCCGCCACCAGACGCCGGACCUGUUUGAGGAGGUGAUGCAGCCGAAAGUGGCUGGUCUGCGCAUCCUGCUGCAGGAGCUGUUUUCGUGCGGGCACAGGUGUGAGAGCGUGCUACUCUUCUCGUCUUCCAGUGCCGUGCUGGGCAGCCCGGGCCAGCUCAACUAUGCCGUUGCCAAUGCGCUGGCAGACGCAACUGCACGCGAGCUUGUGCCCAACACGCACACGAUCCACUUUGGGCCUUGGGACCCUGCCGUCGGUGGCAUGACGGCGCAGCUGUCGUUGGCCAACAGGGUGCGCAUCGAGAGCCAUGGCAUGGGCUUCAUCACGGAGGCGCAGGGCAAGCUGGCGCUCGCCAGCCUGUGGGCGACAUGUCGCCCCGGCCGUGCUGACGAGUUUGCGGAGCAGGUCACCUGGCAGGAGGUUGCGUGCAUUGCGCUUGCCCAGACAUCACCUCUCACGCCCAGCGCAGGUGCUGCUGACACGCAAAGGCCAGCAGCGGCCACCUCUCACGCCGCAGUUGCAACAGGGGCGCACCCAGCAGCCGGUGGCGGCCCGUCAGAUGUACGAGAGCUUGUUGCUCGGCUGCUCGGCAUGGAUGUUUGGGACUUGGAUGACAAGUCGCCGCUGCUCGCGUUUGGUCUUGAUUCGCUGGUGGCGGUGGAGCUCCAGGGACAGCUGCAGCGGCUGUUUGGCGUCACGCUGUCCUCUGACGAGCUGCUGAGCCCGAGCUGCUCCGUCUCGUUCCUCGCUCGGGAACAGGCCGUCGCAGCAGCCCGCAAGCAGCAAGAGGCGGAGGCGGAGGCGUGGGCAAGCGAGGCAACAGCCACAGCACCCACACCAGCGCAAAGCGGCGGCAUUGUGGGGUUUGUCCCACCAACGCCCACCGCCGCUGCUGCCGCCGCCAGUGGAGGUGGACUGGAGGCGGCAGACUUUGGCGUGCUGGAGUUGCUUCGCAGCCUUCCUCUAGCGCCCGCGCUGCUGUCAGACAUUGACUCGCUGUUGUCCAAGCUGCGUGGGCCCACAGCCAUCCCUGCUGGUCCCCUGAGCGGUGGCGGGCGCGCGGCAACCCCAACGGCCGUGCAGCUGCUGGACCGGUACGGUGCACGGUUUGGGCGGGGGCGAUCCGGGUCGCGAACACCAACACCGCAGCCGCGCACGGCCUCCCCUGCAUUCAGGCCGCCACAGCUGGCGUCCAGGCUGCACCACGUUCAGCAGCAACAGCAGCAGCUGCAGCUGCUGCAGCAGCAGGGUCAGUACCACCCAUCCACAUCUGAUGCGGGUUCGGAAGCUGCUGUUCGCAGGCCUGGUGGUGUGCUGACAGAGCUGUCACUGAACCAGCGUGCCAUGUGGUAUCUGUGGAAGACCCUCCCCCAGGCAGAUGCGUACAACAUCUGCUACGUUGCGCGUGCGCGGCAGAAGCUGGACGUUGCUCGCUUGGAGCAGAGCCUUGCCGCUGUCGUGGACCACCACGCUUGCCUGCGACAGGUGUUUGAUGAGGAGACGGGAGAUCCGAGCACGCUGACGGUUGCCGAUGCCCUCCGCUUCACGACCCGACCCAUUCCAGGCGUGGGCCACGACCAAGAUGUGGCAGCAACAACAACUGCAGCUUCGACAGCAGAAGAAACGCCGGAGCAGGCAGUGCUGCGUGCCGUGGCCCAAGUCCUGCGGCAGCAAUGGUCGCUCUCUGAGGGCCCUGUUGUGGACUGCAUGGUGUUUGCAAAUGCCACGGAGCAGUACGUGGCCUUGUUUGUGCACCACAUCUCUGCCGACUUUGUUGCGCUGCACACACUUGCGGAGGAGUGGAUGGCGCUGUACGCUGGCCGCUCUGCGCUGCCAUCCGGUGCGGUGGAGCCGACAUACAAGGACUUCAUUGCCUGGCAGGCGCAACAGCAGGUGGCCCUGCGCGAUGCCGCCCUCUCCUACUACGAGGCGGAGCUGAGCCGCCUGCCGGCAGACCGGUCCCAGUUGCCGCCCGAGCUGCGUGCGGGCGACGAGGACAGCGGUGACGUUGACGGUGGCGGUGGCGCUGAUCACGGCCACUCCGUGCAGUUCACCCUGCCACGCACGGAAGGGGAUGCCCUGCUUGCCACCAGCAGGCAGCAGCACGUGACGGUGUUUGCGCUGCUGUUGUCGCUGUAUCAGCUCGUGCUGUCGCACGCGGCCAGCGAGCGUGAGCUGUGCGUGCUGUGCCCGACCGCGGGUCGCCCCGCCGAGUUUCGGCAGGUGGUGGGGCACUUCAUCAACACGGUGCCCGUGCACACAACGGUGGACAUGUCACGCACGCUUGCCCAGCACGUGCAAGCGGUGUUUGCAGGUGUGCAGCGCGCCAUGCGCUUCCAGCACUUUUUCUUCUCCAACGUGGUGCGUGCCAUGCCCCAUGUGCGGCGGGCAGGUGCCAGUCAGCCCAUCAGCGACGUGGCCCUCAACUUCUUUGACACCGGCGGCCUGCGCAGUCACGGCGUGCGUGGCGACAGUGGUGCGAGUGGGACGAGUGGUGCGAGUAGUGCGCUGGAAGCCUUGACUGUGGCCCAGCAGAUGACUGCGUUCGCGCUGAUGCUUCAUGUGGUUCGCAAGGGUGACGGCGAGUGGCACGUUGAGCUGCGCUCCCGAAAGAGCACCGCGGCAGCCCGUGAGUGCCUGGCGCGUAUGUCGUGGCAGCUGGAGACGGUGAUGCGGCGACUCGCAGCAAACCGCGAAGGCGUGCUUGCAGGCAACAUUGGGCACACCAUGGUGCAGGCGGACGUGCUGAGCCUGUAUCGCUUCCAGCCACAGCACGAGCACCAGCUGCUGCAUGAGCUGUCGCGGCAAGGCCUGGAGCGCGGCGCAUGUUCGCUGUCGGACCUGGCCGUCGCCGACGAGGACGGCGAGCUCACGGUUGCCGAGUACCUGUGGCUGGCCAACCGCGUGCAUGCGUGGCUGACGGACAAGGGCCUGCCCAAGGGCACCCCCGUGGGGCUGGACAUGCCCAAGUGCCGGUAUCAGCUGGCUGCGGCCGUGGGUGUGCUGCAGGCUGGCUGUGCGUUUGUGCCGUUCUCGGGAACGUGGCCGGAUGAGCGCACGGCGCUGGUGCGAGACAAGUGCGAGCUGCGGGUUGUGCUGUCGAUUCGCGGCGCCGGUGCCCCCGCUCUGCAAGGACUGGAGCGCAUCGAGCUUGACGCGUUGCACGAGGACCUCCGGACGCAGCUCGGCGCUGCGAAGGGCACGAGCUUGGUCGGCUCGAGCCUGGUGGCUGAUGCCAAGCUGGUUGAGCCGCUGGUGCCGUUUGCGCAGGUGAUGCCAGAGGACCCGGCGUACAUCCUGUUUACCUCGGGCAGCACGGGCACGCCCAAGGGGGUGGUGGUGCAGCAUGGUGGCGCGUGCAACACGGUCAUCAACACGGCAGACGUGUUUGGCAUGUCAGCCCUGGAGCGUGGGUUCCGCGUGUUUGCCAUCACGCAGCUGACGUUUGAUCUUGCCAUCUUUGACACGUUCUCAGCGCACAUGUGCGGUGGUGCCGUGAUUGUGCCAACGGACCGCAUCAGCCGGGACCCCGAGGCGUGGGUGGACCUUUGCCACAAGUACCAAGUGACCACGUGGAACAGCGUGCCUGCGUUUGCGCAGAUGCUGUGCGAGUACUGCGAGACGCUUGAGCUGCGUGCGCCGUCCAUCCGGCACUUUAUGCUCAGCGGCGACUUUGUGCCGCUGCCGCUGCCUGCACAGCUGCGCCGCGUGACCACGCCGGAGUGCGCUGUGCUCGCGCUUGGUGGGUGCACGGAGACGAGCAUCUGGAACAACUUCUUUGACGUGAAGGAGGUGUGUGACGACUGGCGCACCAUUCCCUACGGGUACUCCUUGCCCGGACAGCGGGUGCUUGUGCUGGACGAGAACCUGCAGCCGUGCGCCGUGGGCGAAGAAGGGCAGCUGUACAUUGCCGGCGACAGCGUGGCCAUUGGCUACUACAAGUCGCCAGACCUCACGCGCCGCGCGUUUGUGCCCCUGCCAGGGUGCCUGUUGAACGAGGAUGGCGAACUUGCCAGCACCGCCGGAGAGGGCGCAUGGCCGGGCUCGGCUGUGCUUGGACUGAGCGAGUGGGAGAGGGUGCUGCCACGGCGGCUGUACGCGACGGGUGACCGUGUUGUGCUGCUUUCUGACGGCGCGCUGUCGCUGCUGGGGCGCAUCGACUUCCAGGUGAAGAUUGGCGGCUUCCGCGUGGAGCUGAAUGAGAUUGACGCGCACCUGUCGCGCUUCCCCGGCAUCCACACGUCAUGCGUGGUGGUGAUCAACAAGCAGCUGGUGGCGUACUUUUGCACCAAGUUGCCCACGACAGCCACACCAACUGCAACAACUGCAACAGCAGGGGGCGCAGAAGGAAGCGCGCAGACGCCAGCAGAGGGGCGCCCGGAAUGGAGCACGGAGGCGUUGGUGGAGUUCCUGCGCACGAAAUUGCCAGACUACAUGGUGCCUGAGCGAUACAUUGAGCUUGAGUCGUUGCCGCUGAACGUGAACGGCAAGAUUGACCGCAAGAUGCUGAUGAAGCCCGAGUUUGCGGCUGAGGCGGCGACGGCCGGGCGCGCGCACGAGGUUGGCCCUUCGUCUGGCGUGUCUGAUGCUGGGGAGCAGGUGCUUCGGGUGUGGCAGGACGUGCUUUUGUCUGGACUGCCCAUCCCUGAUGUGCGCGUUGUGCUGAAGGAGACCAUCAAGCAGGCGGGCGGCGAUUCGCUGUCGACUGUCAUGUUUGUGUCGCGGCUGCGCAAGCAAGGCUUUGCCCUCAGCUUGCAAGCGGUUGGUCCAGACACCACGCUGGAACAAGUCAUUGCUCUUGUCGAACGCAAGCAGAGCAAGGCCUGAGGGUGUGUGUGUGUGGUAGGGGGGGGGGAGUGUGUGGGUGG